UAUACGAAGACGAGGAAGCAAAUGAUGCAACUGGAGCCAGGGCAAGACCAGGUUCAGAAAUACAAACCCCUGCUUCGAGAGCAACUCAAAAUCAGCACUGCCGUCGGCGAUCCAAAUGCCCGAGGUCAGCGAAACGAGUCCCUCGCUUGGUUCUGGUCAGUCGAAGUCGACCUUGGGGGUCCCGAUCACUCGUGGAAUGAGGAAUUUUACCGAGUUCAUUGGCUCCGGGCAAAGGCACUACGGGAUCGAUGGAAGGAAGAAAUGAUGUUGGUCCAAUUGGAGAUGGAUUGGACAUGUAACUUUUUCUUGUGGAAAGCAACCCAAUGGGGUGACAGGAUGCGAAUCAUUGGUGAAACACCUUCCGGGUCAUGCAUGCUACUCGGGAAGGCAAUCCCAAAUGUAUUCAUUGCUGGCACAGGAUGCCCAGGCAGCAUUUCAAGACCUGAAGACCGGGUUUAUAGAUGCUCGAGAUGA